ACUCAGAGUCUACCCUCUGACGUUUGCUCGUCUCAACAUGUUGGUCUGUAAGAGAAAGAUUUAAUAUUGAAACAAAUAAUUGCGUCUUCUGUGAUUGUGAAAUUGAAACCCAAAAACAUUUAUUUUAUGAUUGUGAGUUUACAAAAACUUUUUGGGGUUCAUUUCAAAACUGGAUAUCUGCAAUAGACUUCAAUUCUCCAAACUUAGAUUACAUCAGUAUAAAAAGAACUACAGGUAUUAUUUUGGCCAAACAACAUAAACAUAAAUGUAGAUUUUUGAAAGUCAAACCACGCUUUUUUAUUUUCAUUACAAAUAUUUGAACUAAACAAGCUUCAGAAAUAAACCAAAGUUUAAAGAUUUUGUUUCCAGAAAAGAAAAAAAAGAAUAAGAAGAAGCCGGAAGUAGCAGGAACAGCAGCAGAAGAAGAAGAAGCCGGAAGUAGCGGGAACAGCAGAAGAAGAAGUUGUUGUUGUUGUUGGUGGUGCUCGUUAAACAUCUCUUCGUUUCAGCUUCGAUUCACUGAAUAACAUAAAAUGACUCGUCACGGGAAGAACUGCACCGCCGGAGCCGUUUACACCUACCACGAGAAGAAGAAGGACACAGCUGCGUCUGGUUAUGGCACUCAGAGCAUCAGACUCGGAAAAGACGCCAUCAAAGACUUCGACUGCUGCUGUUUGUCUCUGCAGCCGUGCAAGAACCCGGUGGUGACUCCAGAUGGAUUCCUGUAUGAGAAACAGGCGAUCCUGGAGUUCAUCCUGCACCAGAAGACUGAGAUCGCCAAAAAGAUGAAGGCGUACGAGAAGCAGAAAGCAGCUCAGAGGAGCAGCAGUCAGCUGGAGUCAAAGUCAGAGGAGAGAGAGAGGAUGGAGAGAUUCAAGAGCAGAGAGAACAGCAUCGUGUCCAAACCCAUCAACCCCUUUACCACAGGGCAGACCUCAGCAGGGGAGAAAACCCCGGCAGACUCAGCCUCCUCCUCCUCUUCUUCAUCAGCCCCCAGCUCCUCCUCCACAGCCUCCACCUCCUCGUCCUCCUCCAGUCUGCCCAGUUUCUGGAUCCCCUCUCUGACUCCAGAGGCCAAACCCACCCUGAUCAAGAAACCAAGUAAAGUGGUGCUGUGUCCGAUGUCAGGUCGACCGUUAAAGAUGAACGAGCUGAUAACAGUCCGUUUCACUCCUCUGGACUCGAGCCUGGACCGAGUCGCUCUGCUCACCCGACAGGACAGAUAUGUGUGUGCAGUCACCAGAGACGUGCUGGGUAACAGCGUCCCCUGUGCCGUCCUCAGACCAUCGGGCUGUGUGGUGACCCAGGAGUGUGUGUUGAAGCUCAUAAAGAAGGACAUGUUGGAUCCUGUGAGCGGAGACAAGCUGACUGACAGAGACAUCGUCUUCCUGCAGAGGGGAGGAACAGGCUUCGCGGCGUCUGGAGUCGACCUGAAGGCUAAAGAAGCUCGUCCUGUGAUGAUGGUGUGACACACCUGGACGGACCGGAGGAGGAGCCUAUAACAACUCACCUGUCCACAGGAUUCUCUUUUCUGUUCUUUAAACAUUUUUAUUUUAUAUUUUUGAAUUUGACCUUUAAACUUUGAUGUUUGUUGAUGAUGAGGUCAGUGUUUAAACUUCAGAUGGUGUCAGCUGUUCAGAUGUAAACAAUCAGCAGGUGUUAUUGAUCUGAGUUGUGUUAAAAUAUUUGACAUUAAAAACAAAUAUAAAGAAUCAAA